UUUCAGGGCAAAAUUGUGAAAACAAGAGAAGUUGGCUUCUUUCCAAGCAAUGCCGUGAAGCCGUGCCCAUGUGUCCCUAAACCUGUCGAUUACUCCACACAACCCUGGUUUGCUGGGCCCAUGGAGAGACUUCAGGCUGAGGCAGAGCUGAUCAACAGAGGGAACAGCACCUACCUGGUCCGCCACCGGAGCCGCGAGCUCACAGAGUACGCCAUCAGCAUCAAGUACAGCAACGACGUGAAGCACAUCAAGAUCCUGAACAGGGACGGCUUCUUUCACAUCGCAGAGAACAACAAGUUCGGGAGUAUAUCAGAACUGAUUGAGUACUACCAACAAUACUCCCUGAGGGAAGGCUUCAGAAGCCUGGACACCACACUGCAGUUUCCCUACAGAGAGCAGGAGAGCUCCGCUGCUAUGCUCUGCACCAACAAACCUGGAGGAAGGAUGUUCACCCCUAAGGUGAUGGGUAUGGCGAUAGCCCGCUAUGACUUCAGCUCCAGGGACACCAGAGAGCUGUCUCUACAGGAGGGAGACGUAGUCAAGAUCUACACCAAGUCAGGAGCCAAUGGCUGGUGGAGAGGAGAGGUCAGCGGCAGGGUGGGCUGGUUUCCAUCUACCUAUGUGGAGGAAGGAGAGGAGUGAGUCAUGGAGAAAAACACAAAGGAUGAAAGAAAAUGAAAAUACAGAAAGACUGAGAGACCGACAGAGUGAACCGGUUGGCUGUUAGGCCUGAACUGGACAUUCUGUGGUUUAUCUGACUGCUAGAUGAGAACUGGACAUUCUGUGGUGGACCCUCCUAUUGGCUGUUGCCUCAAUAACAACCCAAAAUCCUCCUGGGAGAAUAGAGGGUUCCUAGAUGGAAUAGUGACUGGUUCUCUCUGGUCUGCCACUUCAACAGACUAGUGACUGGUUCUCUCUGGUCUGCCACUUCAACAGACUAGUGACUGGUUCUCUCUGGUCUGCCACUUCAACAGACUAGCAGCUUGGCUGUCAGCAUGGGAAGGACCUUUCCCAGAACCCAGAUCCCUACUUCUGUCCAUCCCUCUCUCCCUCACUUCCACCUCCCCUAACUCAGCUACAUCCAUUCAUCUGCACCACUCAGGAUAUAGCUAAGACUGUCUAAAGGGAGAGAAAAGAGAGAGUGAGAGAAGAGACAGAGAGGAGGGAGGGAUUUGCCACACCGCAGGGCUUCACCUUGCCUGUGUUGCUCUGUUCCACUUGCCUUGGUGAUUAUUGAUGACUUGAUGCAGCGGCAUCCCCAUCCACACGCACGCACACACGCACACACGCACACACGCACACACACACACACACACACACACACACACACACACACACACACACACACACACACACACACACACACACACACACACACACACACACACACACACACACACACACACACACAUGGCUGGAAACGCUGUCAUGAAACACCUCCCAAACACAUCCCCACAGAUUACAAUAACUGAACACAACACACAUUCUCCCCUACAAACCUCCCUGUGUUGUGUUGUCUUUGCUGUUAGCCUCCCUAUGUUCUCAUCUCUCCAGCAGGCUGCGUACGGGGCUGUCGCUGUGUGUUGAUUUGAUAGGGAUCUGGCUGGUUUCUGAGGGAACAAGCUAGUGAUGCUACCCUACGUCUUUCUCUCUCUCUCUCCAUUUAGACCCUUAACUCAGUACUUUGUCAAAGCACCUUUGGCAAAGAUUAAAGCCUUGAUUCGUAUUGGGUAUGACGCUACAAGCUUGGCACAGCUGUAUUUGGGCAGUUUCUCCCGUUCUUCUCUGCAGAUUCUCUCAAGAUCUGUCAGGUUGGAUGGGAAUGUAACAACAUGUGGAAAGGGUCUGCAUACUUUCCAAACACACUAUACGUUUAUAUAACUGUGAGUGCCAGACAUGUGUAUAACUCACCCUGGUCUCUCUCUCUCUCUCUCUCUCUCUCUCUCUCUCUCUCUCUCUCUCUCUCUCUCUCUCUCUCUCUCUCUCUCUCUCUCUCUCUCUCUCUCUCUCUCUCUCUCUCUCUCUCUCUCUCUCACUCUCUCUCUCUCUCUCUCUCUCUCUCUCUCUCUCUUCUCUCAUUCAAGGGGCUUUAUUGACUUGGGAAACAUAUGUUAACUUUGCCAAAGCAAGUGAAGUAGAUAAUAUACAAAAGUGAAAUAAACAAUGAACAGUAAACAUUACACUCGCAGAAGUUCCAAAAGAAUAAAGAUAUUACAAAUGUCA